GAACUUCGGGGACGUAAACAUACCUCAACAAAGGUUCUGCACAUCUUUGGACGUGCUGCCUGUGGUGUACACGACCAUCGUCACUACAAGAUCGCAAUGGCGCCCGCUCGCGAUGCCCAGCUUGAUCAAGAAAAAGAAGAAUAUCGUGCUAGCAUCGCCGAGGCCCUCCAGGAAGACGAAGACCCACUAGCUGCCUACGACGACUUUGUGAAAUGGACCGCACAGCAGUAUUCUGCAGAUGAUGUGACAUCUGGUCUCAUCGAGCUACUUGAAGAGACAACCAGACGGUUCAAAGACGAUCUGAGGUACAAGGGCGAUCUCAGAUAUCUGAAACUCUGGUCGGCGUAUGCGAAGCAAGUCGAGAGACCGACUAUAAUUUACUCAUAUCUUGUAAAGCACGACAUUGGGUGCGUAUAUGCACUACUUUACGAGGAAUAUGCUGGGGCACUGGAAAAAGAGGGAAGACACACCGAGGCCGACAAGGUUUUCCGUAUCGGGAUUACGCGUAUCGCUCGUCCAAUCGAGAGGCUGAAGAAACGUUAUCGCGAUUUCCAAAGCAGUCCUUCCUCAUCUAAACCCACACCCAUCACCUUCCGACCGAGUGGGUCCCAAGAAAUCGAUGCCCUCCGCCGUAACCCCCUCAAGAACCAUAAUCUGCCACCUGCUUCGUCCGCAAGUACUUCGAAACCAUCAUCAUCUCUCAAAUCCAGUACUCCGCAAGCCACCACAUCGAGCCCUAGAGCUCAUAGCCGCUAUGCUCCGAUGCUCGCUCCUCCUGUCCCAGGGAGGCGUCCAGAGAAGCUGCGCUUCAAUCUCUCACUGCUUUUUACUGCAGACGGCGUUGAAUACAGCGCUGCCGAAGUGCGCGCCCGCUCCAUGGGACUUCUCAACAAGAAAUGGGGUUCACCCCCACCUUCAGAGUCACGCGAGACCAUCCGAGUGAACUUCAAUGAUGACGGCACACGGAGCACACAGAAUAUGGGGUACGGGAAGCGCAAGAGCAUCGUGACUUUAGGAGAGCCAACAGUCACGAUCAAUACGAAAGAGGCGCUGGCAGAUGUAUUUGGAAUGUAUAACUCCCCGGAUAAGACUGUGAAACGGAUGAUGCCUGGGAGCAAGCAUGCGCCGGUGAAGAGGAUUGAACCCAUGACAACUGCAACAAGACAGUCACCACCUGUUGUCCAAAUGGAGGAUGAGAAUGCUAAGACACCGGGUGCAUUCAAACCCUUCGUCGACGAGAACGCGAACCGCAAGGAGAAUAGCACCCCUGCGGUAAAGUUCAAACCCUUCGUGGAUGAACCCCCAAAACAAUCAUUUGUUACUCCUGACAUGGGUCGGCGUGCUCUCACAACGAAGGAAAGCACUCCUGCUACCUCUUUCAAACCUCCCGCCACCCUCAAAGCCAUCUCGGAAGAAAAUUCGGGGCGAGAAAACGAGAACGUCAAUGUCAAAGCCAGCGUAUUCUCGCGCGUCUUCACUCCCGUAUCUCAGAAAGAACCCCUCACCCGACCCAACUCACAGGGGGCGAAGGCUAGCCCUUUGAAUGAGAACGCAAGCAUCUUUCAGCCUCCUGGUUCUAAACCGGAGGCAGCACCAUUCGUUGCAUUCGUCGACUCCAAAACGCCUUUCAAGGUUUUCAGUCGCCCACCACUAUCGCUUGAUGGUAAUGAGAACGCAGGACACGUUUUCACCCCGAAGCCGACCACGUUCAAGGCGUUUGUGGAUACUAGUACUGUUGCCACGCCUGAGAACCAAGUGGAACAAGAGGCUCCUCAAGCACCAAGGACGCCGGCCUCCGAGACCUACACCGAUGAAUCCAGUGAUCCCGCAGACGACCCUCAGCAGAACUUCUCUUCGAGCGAUGAACCUUUUGAGGAUGGCUAUAUCGAGGGAGAGCCUGAUGUACCCUUCUCAUCAUCUUCAAGCAUCAGCGAUCACUUCGAAGAAGAAUACGAGGAGGAGCAACCGCAGCCUCUUGGAGGUCGCUUCGGCAGGAUAAACGUGAUGACGCCCAUCACAGAACGUACCUUUGAGUUUAGUACUCGGGGAUUCCCCACGCCGCAUGAGAAUGGUGCAGUCCAGGCUGCAGAACGACUCGCUGCAGAGCUAAGAGAGGAAGACGAGCGUGAACGAGGAUAUGUGCACGAUGGGGAGGAGUCGGACUCGUCGUUCGCUUCUUAUGACCGUCCAGGAUCGGUCCCACAAUACCAGCCAGCAGAACUGGAAGUGAUCGAAGAGCGCACAGGGACCCUCAGUCUCUCAGACGCUCUGGCAGUAGUGUCCGCCUUCAGACCAUCGAACCCCUGCAAUCCUUUUGACCCCACAAUUAUGUCCACACUGCUUUCUCUCUUGCCUGGAGACGAAGAUUUUCACGACCUGCGAGGACAGGACUCAGGCAUGCUCGAGGGUCUACAGAAGUUCGCAGCCAAGAAGAGCAGGCGAGGGAGUGGCUCAAGCUCCAAGGGGUUCGAUGACGAUGCGUUCAUGGUCACCCUGGAAGGAAAGAGACUGAAAGUGGUGGAUAAACUAGGGGAAGGCGGCUUUGGAGCAGUGUUUACAGCUCGAGACGUUUCGUCCAAGAACGAAGAUGACGAAGACGAGGACUUGGAUGAAGACGAUGAAGAGGACGGAUCUUCGAUGCUUGCUCUGAAAGUUGUGAAGCCUCGAAACCUAUGGGAAUUCCACGUUCUACGCAGAAUUCACCGCACGCUCCCUGAGCCACUUCGCCGUUCCCUCGUCUUACCGUAUGCUCUCUACGCGUAUCGUGACGAAAGCCACCUCCUUAUGCAGCUAUGCCCGCAAGGCACCCUGCUCAACAUCGUCAACCGUGCUGGCACUGCUGGCAUCUCGCAGCAAGGGGCGUGUCUUGAUGAGCUCCUCGUCAUGUUUUUCACGAUCGAGAUCAUGCGCUUCCUUGAAGGAAUGCACAGCGCAGGGUUCAUCCAUGGUGAUCUCAAGAUUGACAACUGCCUGCUACGCCUCGAAGACGUUCCAGGCGGCGCGUCUUCCCUCUCCAGUAUAUACCAGCCCUCGGGUGAAGGCGGCUGGAAAUACAAGGGCAUCAAGGUCAUCGAUUUCGGGCGAACGCUCGACACGUCCCUCUUUCCUCAAAACCAACAGUUCGUUAGUGACUGGCCAACAGACGCACGAGACUGUUUUGAGCUAAGAGAGCACCGACCCUGGACGUAUCAGACUGACUACUUUGGUCUCGCUGGCAUCAUCUACUGCAUGCUGUUUGGCAAAUACAUCGAAACAUCAUCCAUCACCCCUAAAUCCCCUUACAAGGUCACGACGCCGUUCAAGCGCUACUGGCAGAAUGACUUAUGGACGAGGUUAUUCGAUCUCUUACUUAAUCCUUGCCUCGUGCGUCCGGAUGGCAAGUUGCCCCUGUGCGAAGAGCUUAGUGAUAUAAGACAUGAAAUGGAGGGUUGGCUGCAGCACCACUGCAACCGGAGUAGUAACACGCUCAAGGGACUACUAAAAAAGAUCGAGCUUUCGGUGUACACCGGGUAAAUAACACCUCACUUUACCCAUGAUUCGUAUGUUCAUAGUUCGGCUAUUUGCUCACGUUCUGUAUACACACCCUGACAACAUCUCCAUCGGAUAC